AUGAGCUCUGAAAUCGUCAAGCAAAAACUGGACUCAGUGCCAGAUCAAACAAGUUCAGAAGAACAAAUGGAGAACUGUUCAAAAGAAACACACAUCCUGGAAGAGAAAAAAGACGACUUUUGUGUCGAGUUUCAGUUUCAUCAGAAUUCUCAAAAAAAUCCAGAAUUUUUCAUCCAGGCAGAAGCCGAAGCACUGAAACUUUCAGAUUUAUCAGUAACCAGUCAAAGAGGAGCAGCUCCAAAUGAUUGUAAUUCCAGUCCUGAAGAAUCAAGCACCAUAGAAAGAAAGGCUUACAGGAUGCUCCCUGAAUUUAUAUCCUCAUGGAAAGAUGCUGCAGAUCUAGGUGGAAAAACAGAAACUGCAUUCCUUUUAAAAGAAUUGGACACUCUGAGGGCCAAAAAUAAAAAGCUUCAAGAUAAGUUGUCUGAAAAGGACAAGGAGCUGAAGACAAUAAAACUGGACUUAGAACUGCAAGACAGAGCUACAGAAGCUAAGAUUGCAGAAAAGAUUGCAGUUCUAAGAACGUUACCAGGUUUGGAUAAAUGUUUUGAAAUCUGGAAUGAUGUGAACCAAUCUGAAUUUGUGGAGAUCUAUGUGUGUGUGUCUCAUAAAAGCGUUGGAGAGAGUUCUGGUGGACAAGCAGGACCUAAUAAAGAAGAUUCA